ACUUAACAGAGAAAAAUAAUAAAGUCUGAUGCAUUGGAGCUCAAUGUAACCUUAUGACGUAACUUAUGGGGCACUAGCCGAGUUAUAUUUAAUUAAAGAAUAAAGAGCAUUUCAAGGCUAUAUAGUUGAGUUGCAUGAUGUUUAUUUAACAAUGGUGCUGGUUUCCCUUGUGUUUAGCUCGUGAAUAAUUUGAGAAAACUUGUUCUUUGCCUCGUGUAGCGAAAAUUCGGCGGACCAAAUUACGUUUCCAUUCAAUUUCAACACGGAGUAAAUAAAACACUCGGCCUCUUUACAUACAAUUAAAUAAAAGCGUUGAAAAACAUGUGCACACAUUUCUUUUAUCAGCACUGGGCCAUCCCAAAAAUCUAUCAACGGUACAAUCGUUUGAAAACCACAGCAAUUUAUAUUUCAUCUCACGUAUCGAUUUCAAAUAAAUAUGAUGAAAUAAGCAUGUCAUAGCUAAUGGCCUGUUUUCAUUUUGCUUCUGAUCUUUCCGGAGUUUUGAGGUCUAAGGUCAGACUCACAUACACACAAGCAGCAAAUUGGCAUAGCACAGUUUGUCAAGUGCUUUGACGCUAUAAACAGGCAGAGGGUUGACCGAAAAGUAAAAGAUUUAUUAAGUGUUUCAGGUUUGGUUCGAAUCAGCUAACACGUUGGAUGUUUGUUCAGUUUGGGUGAAGAGAAUAACAGAAAUACAGGAUUAUUGUGUAGGAUCUCACAUUUUUCAGGUAAGUUUUGUUUUUAUUGAUGAAUUUACCGUAUAAUUGCUUCAUAAUCAUGAAUUCGGCAAACGAUGUGUGCUACACUAUGGUGCUGCAAUGUGUAUAAAGAGGAUUUUAGUAAAUGUAAUUAUAUUACAUGCAGCUAUACCUAUGUAUUCGUAGAAUUGACGUGCUAGCUUAUAUGUUUACUUUAAUUAAUGUUCUCAAACGUGGGGUUUCAGUGUAGAGGUAGUAUUCUACUAGUAAAGAUUAUAUAAAAGCGAGUUUUAAGCGACGUGGUUUGCGCUGAACUACUUGAAAAACAUAUCUCAAACGUGCGGCGGUGGGGUCCAGUGCAGAUUCUAUACCAUGGACUUCAAUGAUCUGGUUUUUUGCACUUCACUUGGUGGUAUUAAUAUUUGAAUGCUGUUCUUAGGGUUUGUAAUCCAAGUGAGUAUAUAUAUACAUUUUAAGACCUGACCAGGAACGACUGCGAAAAAUGCAGCACAAGGUCCUCUGGUAGGAAUUGAACCUACGGCCCUGCGAUUCCGGUGCAGCGCUCUAACCAACUGAGCUACAGAGGCCAGCUGUUGAGCUGUAACCGUAAGUUCAUGUAUAUAUAGGUGAUCGGGGUUGUGUCUCAACUCCGAUCACGAGGGUUGUGUCUCGACUACCUGAAAAACGUGAUCUCAAACGUGGGAGUCACAUGUAGGAAGUAUUUACAAUAUUACAAGAUACCGUCAGGUCACUGUUUUAAUAAAUAAAACGUAAUAUUGAAAGGUUAAUGUCCAUGAUGUGUCUGAUGGCUGGUUUUCUGUGAUCACAGUAAUAAUUUGGCAAGGCGGUAAAUUCUAAGUUUUGUAGGAUUUGCAAGAAAUGUUUGAGGAAACUGAGUGUUUAACACUGAGUCCCUCAAACGUUUCUUACAAAUCCUUCAAAACUUAGAAUUUACCAAUGCAAAAUUCCUACUGUGAUCACAGAAACUUUGAUAGUGUAAACACCAGCCUUCACAAAUCGGCGACAGGAAUUUGACGUUGGUGAUUUUGUCGGCGGUUUUUGUCAUGUGGGUUUUUUUUUAUAUCCGCAAAACUUGCGUUGUUUGUCACCACUGAGAAUCAAAUUGGAAAAAGGUUUUUUGGUAUCCAACUGCGAUAUUAAAAUCACAUCGGAAACCGUAUCGGGUGUCUAGAAACCCGAAUCCCACAACAAAUUUUUCGUUGUACUCAGAAUAAAUAUGAGACUCGUUUUUCGUAUCUCUGAGCAUGGUGUUCUGAGGCAGAAACCACCGUCACGAGAUGAAUGGCCUCUGUGCAUAUACCAACAAUACCCCUUCCAGUAAAAAUCCAUUUCUUUUAUAAUUAGAUAAAAAUCUGGUUUUAAAAUUGUCUGUAUGUUCAAUUUCAUUUAACUGGAUUUCUAAGGUUUACAGUAAACUCCCUGUAUGGCUGACCUAAUUUGGUUAUUAUUUUCGAUUAGACAUUAAUGGCCUGUUUACAUAACCUAGGCUUUUAGUACUGGGUGGUAACAUAAGAUGAUUAAAUGGUCAUGACAAUAAUCUGUAUAUUGAGAUGAUUGUACCACAGGAAUUCACUGAAUCGUUGUUUAUUUUCAUGGAUUUUGGGUUGAUUUUAUAAUUGGUGUGAUCUAUAAUACUAUAUAUUUACCUCAUUCGCUUGUACAUUGAAUACUACAUUUAUUUCAAACGUGGUGGUCCAGUAUAGGUAACAAUAAGCUGCCGUGUAUCUGAACUAUCUGAAGAUAUUCUGCGACAAACCACGACAGCUUAUUGUAGAAUACUACCUACACUGGAACACUACGUUUGAGAUAUCAUUUUCAGGUAGUUCAGACACAAACCACGACAGCUUAAUAUUGAAGAAUACUACCUACACUGGACCACCACGUUUGAGAUAUCUUUUUCAGGUAGUUCAGACACUAACCACGUCGCCUUUAUUGAUAGAAUACUUUACCUGUACAUCGAAACCCCACGUUUGAGAUCAUUAAAUAACCUAACCAUCGAUUCUACGAAUAUAUGUGGAAACGAUAUUGACUAUUGUGUUGAAACGUUCUUCUGGUAAAUAGAUUAAGAAAAAUUGCCAACAGAAUUCUGGGGUUCCUGUCUGAAUUCGGUAAUUUGUGGGAUUUUGUCGUCAGGGAUUUUGUCACACGGGAUUUUUGUUAUGAUUCAUGGGAUGGCCAUUAACAGUUUAGAACUGAUACAGCUUGGUCAAACAGGAUUAUGUCAACAAAGUCGAUCAAAUUUAGAUAAUUUGAAUUAUGUCUUUCAAGUAUCAAAACGUUUUGUUUGUCACGCGAACACGCUACGGGAAGUACAAUCGUCAGCAAGCUGUUAGAUGGUAAAAUCACUUUCAGAUGUCGGAAUUACUGAAUUUAUUAAAUGCUUGCUCACCGUUGUUCCAUUCUAUGCUUACAUUAGCAAAACAGCAGUAACUAGACAUGUGAGUUAUCCUACCCAAUUUUAGUGACGUCAUAGACUUGAUGUGUCAAAAUUUGCACUUCAUUUGGUUGAACUAGAAUGCUGGGUUUGGUGGUUAAUCCAAUUGAGCAUAUAUAUACACAAUUUAAGACCUAACCAGGUUGCGAAUCUAUUCUAACCAACUGAGCUACAUGCAGUUGCAGCAGACCGAUUCCUCACCAUUCCUGGUCAAGGUCUUAAAUUAUGUAUAUAUAUGCUCACUUGGAUUAAUCACCAAACCCAGCAUUCUAGUUCAACAAGUGAAGUGCAAAACAUCUUUCAAGUUCACCUUAUCACCGUCAUAGAUUCUAGCUCCAUUCCUUGUAGGCUAAGCGUUGGCUAACCCAACAGUUGUGUUUUAAGAAAGUAUUCAAAACGAGGUGAUUUAACUGAGAAAAUCGAGGAGCAAGUUUAUGCAAUCAGGAGAAUUUUGUGUAUGCGGUCAUGCGGAUAUAUAGACCCUUUUCAUAAAUGGCUGCCGAUUAAAAAUUCUUUUCUGUGCAUAUAAAUUGGCCCAACUAGCCUCGUUUCUGGGUAGAAAUUCCUUUGAAAUCUUAACAUGAGUACGAGGCUAGUUGGGCCAAUUUAUAUGCACAUAAAAGAAUUUUUAAUCGGCAGCCAUUUAUGAAAAGGGUCUAUACCACCUCAUUAAAUUCUGGUUUCUUUCGAAUUUUCUUUAUGAUUGAAUUAUCGAGUUUUGCAAUGAAUGUCUGUAAAUCCGAUACAGCUCAUCUAAAACAGCUUUUAUCUAUAAAAUAGUCGUUAAAACUGUUCACAUUUAUACGUUUGAUGUAAGUACCAUCAAAUUCAUAAAGCAUUUCGCCAUUUGCAUCCUAUCUGUUUAAGACCACUGCCCUGUUAUAAUUGGAUUUUGACCUUUUUGGGAAGUUUGUAAAUAUGGUUUUCCGGAAUCUUAGAUAAUCCAAUCAUGUUAUGAGUUGGGAUAAAAUGCGGAUACGGACGGACGGACGUACAAAAAGAAUAAAAUGCAGACAACAAUAAAAUGAGGAUGAAAGAAUAAAAUGCGAAAAAAAGAAUAAAAUGCGGACAAAAUAAUAAAAUGUUGUCCGCAUUUUAUUCAUUUGUCCGCAUUUUAUUCUUUUUGUCCGUCCGUCCGUAUCCGCGUUUUAUCCCAACCCAGCACAUGCUUUAUAUUGCGGUCAGACAAUACAAAAACUAAUCUGGUACAACCAAUGCCAAUGACAUAUUUAGACCUGUCUAGAUAUAAAAAUCCGUCGACAAGUUGGCAACGAAUGUAUUAAUGUGUUCCCCCCUAAUAAAGAUAAGAAGAUUGCCGGAGAUAAAAUUAGAUAAAAUAAUUUUUCAAUAAUAGUUCCGUUGCCAUAUGUUCGGUUCACUCACGGUUAAUAGACUGUAAUUUUCAGGGAGACCAAUGGACCUUUCCCCUUAUAACUAAAAUUUCGAUCUAGACAAAAAUUUCAUCAUAGCUUGAAAGAGCAUCACAAAAUUAGUAAUAUUCCAAAGUUUCGUUGCAAAAUCUUGUAAAAUGCGGAUAAUAUAUAGCCUUGCGAAGUUUGCCGUUUUUCAGUCAUUUUGUAUUACAAACGGGAAAUUGACAUCCGAUUCGGGUGUUGGGGCUGCAAUUUCCCGUUUGUAAUGCAAAAUGACUGAAAAUUGCAAACUUCGCAAGGCUCUAUUUUCCUCAUUUUACAACAUUUUGCAACGAAACUUUGGAAUAUUACUAAUUUUGGGAUGCUCUUUCCCUGUGAUGAAAUAUUUGUCUAGACGUGCCUAAAUCAAAAUUUUGGUUAUAAGGGGAAAGGUCUAUUAAUCAACUCCAAAAGUUUUAUUUUUGUCAGCGUUUUUGAUGAGAGAAUAACACUUUGGAGUCAAUUCAACUUCUUUGAAAUUUACAGUGUGAUUUUUCGUGUGUGUUUUUGAUGUUAUGUACUCAGGUGAAUAUAAUGUUUUUGAUGUUACUCUGAGUGUAUAUCCACACCGGGCAGGCUGCAAAUUUAGCCUGACCUGAGUACAUAACAUCAAAACACACAAAAAAUAUGUAUUCACGAUCAUAAGAACACAUUGGUAUCGAAGGUACUAGACAAUAGCUCCGAAAUACCACACACUCGAACAGACUAAUUGGCCUCGUAGCUCAGUUGGCAAAGCCAAUGACUAGUAUCCCAAAGGUCGCGGGUUCCAUUCCCACCGUGGUAAGGCUAACUUUUUCAGCCUGCCCGGUGUGGAUAUACACUCAGAGUAACAUCAAAAACAUUUAUACAGUGUUGUUUGAAUACAUUUUCAUAUAAAACUAAAUGCCAGAACUUAAGCCUGCCCGGUGUGGAUAUACACUCAGAGUAACAUCAAAAAUAUUUAUACAGUGUUGUUUGAAUACAUUUUCAUAUAAAACUAAAUGCCAGAACUUAAGCCUGCCCGGUGUGGAUAUACACUCAGAGUAACAUCAAAAACAUUUAUACAGUGUUGUUUGAAUACAUUUUCAUAUAAAACUAAAUGCCAGAACUUAAGCCUGCCCGGUGUGGAUAUACACUCAGAGUAACGUACAUCAAAAACAUUUAUACAAUGUUGUUUGAAUACAUUUUCAUAUAAAACUAAAUGCCAGAACUUAAUUAAACGUUAAUUAACUAAUUGCCCAUUUAACACUUGAAAUAUUUGCUCAAAUGAAUAAAUUAUGACAGGACUCGUUUAUUUUCGUAAAUACUUACCUAUAGGCUAUAAAUAGAAGCAUUUUUAUGAAUAAUUUUAGUGUAGAUUUAUCAAGUAAAUAAUUCUAAUAAGCCAUCAAUUGGCCUUAAUAAUUUUAGGGUGAAAAAUUCGAGUCAUCUCACCAAAAUAUCACAAAAAUCAUAAGUUUAAAUAUAUCUCAAGUGCAAAAGGAAAUGCAUCAAUUGAAGACGUAAAUUGAUAUUCCGUAUUUAGCACAAUUUUUUGACGUUCUAAGUUGAAGUGUCUCUAGCUUGUGAAAAUAUUCCUCAUUUGGAAAAGUAAUUAAAGUUCUAAAAUUUAAUCGAACAAUUAACGAAUAAUUGAUGCUAAAGAAAGGUUAGUUUUUUUAGAAUGAAAGAAAUAUAAUUUAGUUUUAGUCAAUAUCGUGACUUAUGAUUUAAAAAGAUAUUGUGUUAUAGAAGAAUCUGUCGUUGGUUUAAGUCUCUGAACUACUUGAAAAAAGAUUAAUAACACUUCGCAAGUAGCUUCGAAGGGCCUCCACCGGAAUCGUUGAAGACUGAAGUGUUAAAUUGUUUUAAUCUUUCCAUGAGGUAUAGUUCAGACAUCACGUUAGCUUAUUGCAUAGAAUCAACUACCUACAUUGGACCACCACGUUUGAGAUAUUUAAAUCCACUGCUAUUAUUAGGCCUGUUUUAUACGUCGAAUUUCGGUUGCGUCGAAUACAAUUCAAACAAUAGAUAAUGAAGCUUAAUGAGGUUUAUAAUCUCAUUAUCUGUUGUCUUAAUUGCAUUCGACGCGACCAAAAUUCGACGUAUAAAACGGGCUUUACACGUCCUUCCUAAAAUAACGUCAAACUAGAGAAGUCUUGAAGACAGACGUCUUCUUGACAAUUUGGCAAACUUGGCAGAGAUUCACUUGAAACUGCAAGAUAUAUAUAUAUCUUCCUGUCUUAAUUUUUUAUCUUAUAAUAAUAGAGUGGUAUUAGAUAAAUGUCAGCAAGAAAUUCUUAUAAUAUAGUAUACCUGUGGAUUUAAACAUCUCAACGUUAAAUCCACUGGCAUUGUAUUAUAAAAGGUUCUUGCUGACAUAUAUCUAAUACCACUCUAUAACAGGGUAAAAAAUUAAGACGGGGAGAUAACAUAUGUUCAAGUACAUCUCUGCCAAGCUUGCCAAAUUGUCAAGAGACGUCUGUCUUCGGGACUUGUCCAGUUUGACGUUCAGCUUAUUUUAGGAAGGAUGUGUGCUUCUGUGAUAACAGUAGCGCAAUCUGUGUGUCGGCAGAAAGAAAUUUGCCCAACUCUGCACUUUGUCAGUGGUCGUCUGAAAUUCGCUGUUCAGGCUACAUUACUGUCAUUAGUCAAUUUGUUAGAGUCCGUUUAUAGUAUUUCGGUUUGAGCUGUCACAUAUAUAGCAGACGUUUAUGAAUCUUGUAUGUUUUACUGGAAACCCUAAAGCAGAGGUCUCUAUAAUCUCUCUUCUAGAUCAACGAUGUCGUAUCACAUGCUCAGCAUUAUUUUCAUUUUGUUUUUCGUCAAGUGCAACUACUGUAAAGUUAUAGAUCAAGGUAAAGUUUCAUAAUUAAGAUUUUGGCCAUCUUGCUUCAUAUCGAGUGGAAGAUUAUAUACAAUUGUCAGAUCUAGCCAGGAGCGAAAAAUGCAACUAUAUACAUAUAGGCCCCCUGGCACUCUGCAGCUCAGUUGGUUAGAUUUCUGCCAGAGAGCCUAUAUAGUUGAAUUUGUUCCAACUGCUCCUGGUUAGUUUGAAAAUUUUAUAUAAUCUUUUGCUCAAAUUUCAAUCUACAAAACCCCCCAUCAAAAUAAUUACAGUUUAAGACAUUUAUGGAUGCACCGGGUAAUUGUCCCUCUCAAAAUGACUUUGUUUUAGCUUUAUUUUGUAGUUUACACAGUUAGCAACCUUUUCAAAUGAAUCUGGCGGUUGAGAAACACAAAAAAUAGUUAAAUAUUGUCAAUUUAAAUACAAUUUUGAUUGUACUCCUAUGCCACGUUGAAAAGCAUAUUCAAAUUAAGUUUUUUUUCUGUGUUGGUGUUGUGUACUCGGGUGAAUAUGAUAUUUGUGAUGUUCCUCUGAGUGUAUAUCCACACCGGGCGAGCUUGAAAAAUAUGCCUGGCCACGGUGGGAAUCGAACCUACGACCUUUGGAAUACUAGCCCAAUGCUCUGCCAACUGAGCUACGCGGUCAGGACGGUUCGAGUAAGUGAUAUUUCGGAACAGAAUUGGCUAGUAUUCCAAAGGUCGUAGGUUCGAUUCCCACCGUGGCCGGGCAUAUUUUUCAAGCUCGCCCAGUGUGGAUAUACACUCAGAAUAACAUCACAAAUAUUAUAUUAUUAAGUUUUGAGCGCGUGUUACGUGACAUACAAAAGGUUCUUCUCUUAAAUAUUAUCCGAUUGCCAUUUUACAAAAGGUUACUACACAGAAACUGGACGUCAAAGGGAAGGCAGUGCUAGUGGUGAUGGGGGAAAAACAGGUACGGACAAGAACAUAUAAGAAAUGUUACUUUAGAAAAUGAAAACUAAUACGAACAGCUCCACCAGUUUCACUCUCACUAAACACCCCCGCCCAGCUCCCUUGCCAACUCCCUCUUCUCUGCUGUCUCCCCCCCUCCCCUUUGCAGUUCCCUCCCUCCGCCCUUUCAUAAAUAUAUAGUUCUAAUCAGUAAACGUUUUUCAUUUUUAGAUUUUCAAACUUGGCUCGCAAGACAACAAUUGCACAGAAAUGAGGACGAUGUCGAUGGAAGUGGGAAAGGUGAUCUUGUCUCGUUUUAAUCAACAAAAAAUAUAACAAAUCAAUAAUCUCACUAGCCGCCAACCAUAUAGCCUAUCGAAGGGAAGAUGGCUGUGAAACUCAUUAGAAUAACAGUAUAACUCAUCUAUGUUAAUCAACGUUUAUUCAUAAAUCUAGUCCUUCACAAGGUCAAGUGUGUAUUGUAUUUUUGCCAAAUCCACCAAUAGCAAUGUUUUAGGAAAGUUACCUAUCCGUAACUCGAACAAUAGAGUAAAUUGGAAAUUGCUAUUGGUGGAUUUGGCAAACAUACAAUAUGAAUUUUUUCUGUGCUGGUGUUGUGUACUCAGGUGAAUAAUAUGUUUGUGAUGUUACUCUGAGUGCAUAUCCACACCGGGCGAGCUUGAAAAAUAUGCCCGGCCACGGUGGGAUUCGAACCUACGACCUUUGGAAUACUAGCUCAAUGCUCUUUCAACUGAGCUACGCGGUCAGGACGGUUCGAGUAAGUGAUAUUUCGAAACAGUAUCUAGUUCCUUCAAUACCAAUGUGUUCUUGUAAUAUGAAUUUUUUCUGUGCUGGUGUUUUGUACUCAGGUGAAUAAUAUGUUUGUGAUGUUACUCUGAGUGCAUAUCCACACCGGGCGAGCUUGAAAAAUAUGCCCGGCCACGGUGGGAUUCGAACCUACGACCUUUGGAAUACUAGAACACACUAGAAUACUAGAAUACUAGAACACCUUUGGAAUACUAUUACAAGAACACAUUGGUAUUGAAGGAACUAGAUACUGUUCCGAAAUAUCACUUACUCGAACCGUCCUGACCGCGUAGUUCAGUUGGCAGAGCAUUGGGCUAGUAUUCCAAAGGUCGUAGGUUCGAAUCCCACCGUGGCCGGGCAUAUUUUUCAAGCUCGCCCGGUGUGGAUAUGCACUCAGAGUAACAUCACAAACAUAAAACAUACAAUAGUUAACAAUACACACGUGACGGUGAAAGGCCAGAUUUACGAAUAAACGUUACUAACAUAGAUAAUCAUGAGUUAUAUUGUUAUUCUAAUGAGUUUCACAACCAUCUUUCCUUCGAUAUAUGCUAUGCGCCAAUUGAGUAGAAAACUCACUAAUUAUAUUGAUGCUUGUGAUGUUACUCUGAGUGUAGAGUCGUAGGUUCGAUUCCCACCGUGGUCAGGCAUAUUUUUCAAGCUUGCCCGGUGUGGAUAUACACUCAGAGUAACAUCACAAGCAUCCUAUUCACCUGAGUACAUUACACCAACACAGAAAAAAUCAUCACUAAUUAUAUAUUCACCAAAAAAUACAGUAACGUACACAUACAUACUAACAUUUUAUUGGCAAGUGCCAAAUAGAUGCUAUCAAAAUCUUGAAUAAUCUGUAAUAUAUAAUUAUAUGUAUCGUUAUUUAUUUCAAAUAUAUACAGAGGAUAAAGAAGGCAGUACCAGCGAGCAUGAAGUCACAGGUAAAAUAUAAAAUAAACUAAAUUCCAACGAUAGUUUGGGUAUAUGUAUAUAGUACGGUUUUCCAAGCCUAUCCCGAGUUAUUAACGGUCAAAAACCGCAAAAUGGUACAAAAAGGUCACGAAAUACUGUUUUUUUAGCAGAGUUAACCAAAUGUAUAACUUAAAAUCGGUGUCGAAAAUCGUAUAGUAGCUGUUUAAAUGUCCUAUAUUUAGUUUCUUGCGAGCUAUCUAACGACUAUAGGUGAUAUUUGCUAAAAGUGAACUUUGAAAUUUCACUUCUUUUUAAGAUAGUACUUUAAUACGUAAAUAAUAAGAAAAACAAAAUUUUAUGGCAACCAGGAGCUAAUCUGUGUUAUGCCCCUAUAUAGGCCAAAAAGUGUCCUUAUAGAAUAUACCCUAACAUUUUGCCAAGUUGUGUGCUUUUAUCAUCAAGUGCACAAUUGCUCUAUAAUUUGUACCAAUCUGCCCCACUAAUGCCUAAAAUAAUCCUGGUUUCAUAAUCCUAAUUUCACAAUUCUCUCCCCAGAUGCUGAUUGCGACGAAAUGCAUGAUGUAAUAUUCAUAUUGGAUGGCUCAGAAAGCAUCGGUCCUAUUGGUUUCAGAAUGAUUAAAUCGUAUACGAAACAAAUCCUCAACCAGUUGGAUUUAUCGAAAUGUGACAACGUUGGCAUUAUUAAAUUCUCUGAUUUCGUCUACACGGAAACGUAUUUGGGAACACACGAUACGAAAACGAACAUGCUUGCACGCAUAGAUGCUUUGGAAGAGCCGGAGAGACUUGUUGCCACUGAAGUGAACAAGUCGAGGAUUGCUUUAGCAAUGGUGGUCGCGGAAGAACUUGCCUUCACAUCCCAGCUUGGCUUGAGACCAAAGUCUAAGAAGGUAUACAGUGCAUUUUUCACGGAUGUGCGGAUGAGUUUAACGCGCUACUUCUUUGCCAAGGGAGGUCAAAUCUGUGAGGACAGAUGCCUAUAAAUGCAGACCUCUGAUUAUAAUUUCUGAAUCACUUCACCCGCAUUGAAAAAAAGUACUUCCAGUACUUCAAGAAACACACUACAGAUUUCAUGGUACUCAGUUUUAAAAUGUAUAGUAGGUUUCGUCCUGUAGUAACACUGGAUCCAUAAGAGAUGAUCCUUACUGGACCUCUCUAUAUAGGGAGAACAGUUUAGAACUGAUAGAGCUAUAUCCAGUAUAAAUAAAGUUGGUUUAGUUUAGGUUUCCUCCUGUAGUAACACUGGAUCAAUAAGAGAUGAUCCUUACUGGACCUCUAGGAAGAACAGUUUAGAACUGAUAGAGCUAUAUCCAGUAUAAAUAAAGUUAGUUUAGUUUAGGUUUCCUCCUGUAGUAACACCAUAGAGUAACACUGGAUCAAUAACAGAUGAUCCUUACUGGACCUCUAGGCCUAGGGAGAACAGUUUAGAACUGAUAGAUCUAUAUAGCUAUACCAAGUAUAAAUAAUGUUAGCUUAGUUUAGAUUUCCUCCUGUAGUAACACUGGAUCAAUAAGAGAUGAUCCUUACUGGAUCUCCAGGGAGAACAGUUUAGAACUGAUAGAGCUAUCCAGUAUAAAUAAAGUUAGUUUAGUUUAGGUUUCCUCUUGUAGCAACACUGGAUCAAUAAAAUAUGGUCCUGACUGGACCUCUAGGGAAAACAGUUUAGAACUGAUAGAGCUAUAUCCAGUAUAAAUAAAGUUAGUUUAGUUUAGGUUUCCUCCUGUAGUAACACUGGAUCAAUAAGAGAUGAUCCUUACUGGACCUCUAGGGAAAACAGUUUAGAACUGAUAUAGAGCUAUCCAGACAUCCAGUAUAAAUAAUGUUAGCUUUGUUUAGGUUUCCUCCUUCCUGAAAUGACCCUUACCGGAAUAAGAUGAACAGUUUAGAUAAUAAGGGAUUCCAUAUAUGGUGAAUAGUUUAGAACUGAUAUAGAGCUAUCUAGUAUAAAUAAAGUUAGUUUAGUUUAGGUUUUACCCUGCAGUAGUAACACUUUGUCAAUAAGAGAUGAUCCUUACUGGAAUAAGAUGAACAGUUUAGAUAAUAAGAGAUUCCAUAUGGUGAAUAGUUUAGAACUGAUAUAGAGCUAUCCAUUAUAGUGAAAGUUUGUUUAGUUUUUAUUUCUCCUUAUAGUAUCUAGUGUUGAUGACAGAUGGGAAACAACCAAAACACGGCUCUUCUAACCGAAGUUUAACAAUCGAAAGUUUGGUGAAAAAAUUGAUUAAAAAAGAAAUCCAUAUUUUGGUACUUGCCAUUGGACAAAAUCCCUCCAUUGACGAACUAGUGAGGCUGACAACUGAAGAACGGAAUAUAUUCCCGGAGAGAAGAUUGAAUGAUUUGAUGGAAGUUUUGGUGCCGAAAGAAAGUAUGUAUACAUUGAAUCUUUCACUGAAUUCAGUUAAAAAUCUUCAUUCGUAUAUGGGUAGUUUUGCUAGUUACUGGAUUGCAAAUUAAGCCCCGGUAGUUGAUGAAGCGAGAGUUUGCAUACAUGAGAGUUUUUUAAAGGCACAGUUCAGCCUUUUGAACGAUGGUUUUUAAGGCGCAUUUCAGCUCUUUUAAUUGAAAAAACUAACUAGGAAAAUCAAUUAAUUAAGCAUAAUUCAAGAUCACCAAACUCAAUGUUUUUAACAUUUUAAAACAUUUUUAUUCUUAAAAACAUCGAGUUUACUGAUUUUGAAUUAUACUUAAUUGAUUUUCCUAGUUAGUUUUUUCAAUUAAAAGGUCUGAAAUGCGCCUUAAAAGCCAUCGUUCAAAAGGCUGAACUGUGCCUUUAAACUCUUGUGUCCCAGUCAAAUGAGAACAAGAAUUGAACGAGAGUUGAUGAGAAUUAAUUGGAUAUUACUGUUAUAAAUUCUCUUCGUAAGAUUUAUUUCUUCUCUGGUUCUCGAAUAGGACUGCAUUUUAUUUAUUCGUUUCAAACUGAUUAAUAAUUUAUGAGUAAGAUUUAUUUCUUCUCUGGUUCUCGAAUAGGACUGCAUUUUAUUUAUUCGUUUCAAACUGAUUAAUAAUUUAUGAGUAAAUUAGCCAACCAUAUUGCUUUAUUUAAUCAAAUAUUUUGCUCACAUGAUAAUACUGGAUACCUGGUGAAGAAAAUUGAUCCAGUCCUAGGACUGGAUCAAAAUUAAUUCGGUCCUUGAAAUGGAGCAAAAUUAAGUAUAGUGAUUUUUCGUAUGAGAUGUUAUUUCAAAUCCUCUGGGUUGGACUAUAUUUCAAGUCCUAAUUUACUCAUAGUCGGAUUUGAAAUAUUACAUUUGACAUUCGUUACAUAUGACUGACCACUGUUGUCGUUAUAUAAACACCCUUACAAGCUCUAUCACAAUCUUUGUUACACUUUUUUGCGUGACGUACAUUAUGCAAAAACGUCCUCGCAUAUCUUAUCUUUUCUGACACAUUUCAUCGCAUGGUUGACCACAAAACAACCCACACGAUUUCCCUGACCGCGUAAUUUCCAUCUUGUUUACUUAUUAUUCUAAAAAGUUCCUCUUUGCCUUAAAGUUCGUAUUUCCUGUUAUUUAGGUUAGCGAGUGUUGAGUGUUCCAGAUUAUUUAUAUUCUAUUAUUACAAGAUUAUUGACAUGCAUGCAUAACUGUUAUACUAAUAUAUUUUUACUACAUCUGUUCUAUGCUAAAUCUAAGCUACUAAUUUACAACAAUUACCAGUCAAACGAGCAAAAAUUCGCAUCAAUUCUGAACCACCUCAGUUAUAUAUAUAGUUAGCUUGCUGCAGAUGAGAUCGUUAAUUAGCUGCCUGGUCAGCGAGUUAGUUAGUUAGUUAGUUAGUUAGUUAGUUAGUUAGUUAGUUAGUUAGUUAGUUAGUUAUAGUCAGCUAGUUAGUUAGUUAUAGUCAGCUAGUUAGUUAGUUAUAGUCAGCUAGUUAGUUAGUCAGUUAGUUAGUUAGUUAGUUAGUUAGUUAGUUAGCUAUAGUCAGCUAGUUAGUUAGUUAGUUAGUAUGUAAUUUAGUUGGUUAUAGUUAGCUGGCUCAGUAGUUAGAUAAAGUUAGGGAAUAAAUUUUAAACAUUCCUCUUUUUCUCUAGAACAUGCCAACGCGUUAAACGCAAUGGAAACAGACUUUUAUGUGACGGACGAAUCCAAAUCAGAAGACGAAAAUAACUUUAAUUUUGGAAACUAGAAAGCUUUAGGCACUGAGUUUACAAUUUCCUACGAAGUUAACUCGUUGCAGAAUUUUAGACAAAAUGAAUUCUGAUUCAUUCUCAGAAAGUUUGUUGAGAUAUUAUUGUGUUCUUAUUGUAUAUCAGUUCAUAUAGUAGAGACUUUGAGAAAACGUCUUUAAAUUUAUGCAUUUGAGAAAAACUGUGAUAUUUUAUUAUUUUAUUAUAAUAGAAGUAGAUAAUAAUAUAGAGUAUAGACAGUCAAAAUAUAUAAAUUAGAUAAUGCUUCACAGUUUAUAGCCGGUUGUUAUUGCUUGUUUUUAUUUUAAGCUGAACUUGUUGUUGAAUCUUGAAUUUACAAGAUGUUAAUAUUCUGAGCACAUCAUCUUAAUUUUGCUAAAUUGUCUUUUACAGUAAACGAUUUUAGUUUAUGUAGCUGACAUAGUUUUUGUCAUACCUGUGC